AUGGGAAGUGAAUUGCGGUAUAUUUUCGAGCAUGUCAAGAAAGGUGACACGAGUCGCGCAUAUGAAGUGCUCAGUCAUGGAAGCAGAGAAAAGAUAAGAAGUAGAGUUCAUGCAGAAGAUGCUGAGAAAGAAACUAUACUGCAUCAUGCUUGCCGAUCUGGAGACAUUAAGCUUAUGGCAUACCUAAUAAAGCAUGGUGCUGAUGUUAACGCUGAAAAUUACAAACAAACAUAA